UGAACUCGUGCCAUUAUCGUUAUAGAGCUCUAUAUUUAUUUGUUAUGUUUUAGCUUUAUGUCAAUGUACAUGGGAGCUAAAACUGUAAGUGAAUGAUUAUGUACAAUUUGGUUGUUUACAAGUGUUUAUGGUCAACAUGUAUUGUAGGAACAAUAAGAUUGUGGACUGCGGAUACCCAGCUCCCAUAUCUUGUCUCCUUGCUGACGCUCGCUGUGGGUCCAGGUUGGAGCGCAUUGUGCCUGACGUUGUGGCCCGCCUCCCAGAACGUUCUCCAUCAUUAUCACAUGAACCAACUGUGCAAGGUGUGCAGCGAAAGAGCUGCGGGAUUCCACUUCGGGGCCUUCACAUGCGAGGGAUGCAAGUCGUUCUUCGGGCGUUCUUACAACAACAUGAACUCCAUCACGCCUUGCAAGAAUAACGGGAUGUGCGUAAUCAACAAGAAAAACCGGACAUCUUGCAAAGCGUGCAGGCUGAAGAAAUGCAUCGAAGUUGGCAUGUCCAAGGGUGGUUCAAGGUAUGGCAGGCGGUCAAAUUGGUUCAAGAUCCACUGUCUGUUGGAGCAAGAGCAGAGUGGGGCUUGCAUGCCACCCAUGGUUAGUAUACCGUCUCCGCCUCCUCCACCUAGACCCAAUACGUGGCCCAUGGACUUUCUGGGUGGGCCAGCCUUCGAUCAGAGGAUGCACUUCGUCACUCCUCAGAAGAGCCCCAGAGAAGACAUGGGAUUCGAGGAGUACAAGAACGCAUCAUCACCCACCAUAAGCUCCCCUGAAUCUCACAACUCUGAUUCUAGCGUCGAAAUCGGAGAAAGGAUAAAACCUCAACUGAACUUCUAUAAACCCGUCGUAGCGAGAGACUUUCAGAAUCCUUACAUUCCCUUCGGAGCCUUAGCAUCCCUUCACAACAUUCUUCACAGCCCCGCAUUCCUCCCUCCACUUCUCCCACCCAAUCCGAACCUCCUUUUCUCCCCAGGAAUUGUUUUACCCAAACCCGAAUCUCUCCCGACCACCCCUGAAGCCAAGCGGAAGAGGCUCCACCUCGACGCCAUACUCAGGUCACAGCGGUCACCUACUACUGACGACCACUAUUCGAACGACGAGGUCGACCUACCCACCGUCGAGGACCACUCCCCUAUGGACCUCACUGUCCGACCCACCUCCAGAGAGGAUUCCUGCUGCUCCGGCGAUGAAGAGGAGGAACAUAUCACUGUCGAUGGUGACGACCCCGUGGAAGAGUCUCAGAGCUCCAGAUUGACCACCCCUCUCGAUCUCACUACCAAAGUGCAAUGAACAUUGUGGAAAUGUACAAAAUUGGCUUGUUUGUUUGUAUAGUGGUAUUAAUUUGUAGCAUGAAAUUCCAGUUAAGAUCUAGUGUGUUUGGUAAGCAUGAUCUCUUUUGUUGUAGAAAGAAAACUAAGUCCUAAUAGUGUUUAUUUUGUUCCGAAUAAAUUAAAAUCACAAGCUUUUAUUUGGAACCCACUUUAUUUAAAUUUAGCUAUUGCAAAACUGUAUUUUCCAUUUUAUAAUUGUACAAAUUUAAUUCUCAAAUUUAGUUUUAGUACCAAUUUAAAAAAAUUUAUACUUUUGUUAAUUUAAUUAUACAGCACUAAUUGUUACAGUUUGUUUUAUUACAAUUGUAUAAUUGUACUCAGAUAUGACUCAACUCGCUAAAUGUUUGGCAGAUGUCAAAUUGUACGAAUUUUUUUAACCACUGACCAAGUUGUCUGCUUGGACUGUCUAGAACAGUACAUUAGAAUACGUACUGUGAGAACCUUUCAUCAUAUCUUCCGUGUCAAAAUUCUUUAAGAACCAACCGAAGACAAUUCUCUGUGCAGACCGGUUCUCACCGUAGUCAAGUCUGGGCAGAGAUGCGGGUUGCAGUAAACUCGCCCAUCAAUCUGUAAUUGUGGCGAUCUUUAAACUAGGCUAUUCUGUCGGUGACUUUCCCGGCGUUACGGCCGCUGAUAGGUCCCUCAGUAUCGUUUUUCGUUUUAUGGCCCAAUUACGUCAUGGUGUGUUUAGCUACUUUAAACUCCACUCUGACUUAUACCUUCGCGCGACUUAUGGAUUUACGGCCAAUCAACCGUAGAUAAAAGUGAACCGCGCUCAGUUCAAGUACUCGGGACCAAUUAAUUGUUGUUUACUCGGUAUAAACAAAUCUUCUUGUAGUGUUUUUUACUUGUUUACUUUGACGUAAAUUUGGGUCGCACCAAGUUUCUUUAUACCCGUAUGUUACUUCUGGAACAUUUUCAGAUAUAUCAUAGAGAGUAGAAAAUAAACAAUUUAUGCACACAUAAAACAAAAAUAUUAAAUAACCAAGUAAGCAGAACACUGUUUUAGAAGAUGCUUGUUUUAUUAUCACUUUCUAAAAAGAUACGGAUUCUAAAUCUACGAUAUUUCGGAAGAUAUUCAAAUUAAUAAAAGACAUGAGACUGCCAAAUAGGCUACAUUCAAAUUUUCUUCGUGUAGUACUAAACAAAUAAGAAAGUGACAUGACAACCAAAACCGAAUUACACAAAUUUUUAAAGACACGACUAAAGUUUUUUUAAAGCCAUUUAGCUCUUGUAAUUGUACUUUUAGUCGACCCAACGGAACGGGAACGAUUAUAUUCCCUAAGUUCUAAGCGGGUAAUUCCUAUCGAAGCGAGUAGCGUACCGUAUCCUCAGACACUGACCACAUUCGGUGAAUCGAACGCCGGAGUUAUACGGAUUCCAAUCACGAGUGUUCGAGGUCAGCUACGGAAGGUCAAUCCCCACUCGACAAAAGACCCAAUCCGUAUUUAUGUUACUAUCAAUAAGCCUUCCACCCCACAUACGACACUUUACAGCCGCGUUCGGUCGCUACAUUCCCGAUUGGACCCGGAUAAUUUAGACCGAUAAAAAGACCAAAAUUCGGGAGGAGGUAAUGGUCCGCAUAAAUUCUGAGUUCGACUGCGCGCCUGUCGGUGCGAUCCAGUAUAUAUCGGUUUUAUGUUGUGUUAAUACUUAUAUGACUGUUGACACUUGUUUAGUUAAGAUAACAUUUAUAUCAUUGUUUUAUAUAAGAUCAAUUAUUUGUAAACAGAAUAACAUAGAUGUUUAAAAAUGUUGUUGAUCUCAUUGACUUUAAAAUCGUGUUUGAAUGUAAUUUUUCCAAACUUUUUCAUUUGUAAUUUUAAUAUUCCUAGUAAUGUUAGACUUAUUGUUUUUUUAAACGUUUCAAUGUAAACUUUUAAAUGUACUGUGUAAAUAUUGUAAUUCUGGUGAAGUAUUAUCUCCUGGUACUGUUUUCCCAGCCCUCUUGCACCGAAGCAAUAUACAUUUUAUUAUGUUAUAUAGAAUUAUAUAUGAGAACAUUUUAGUGAGCUUAUAUUAGAUUGCUACCCUCCUAAGACACUACUAGUUUAUAUAGUACAUUAAAAAUAUGUUAGAAAACAGUAGAAAUGAGUUGUAAUCCAAAAUCAAAAUUGUCAUCUGAAAAUUGUGAACAAUAAAGAAUGAACUAAUUGCCAAUAAUAUGCAUCUCUAUCUGUAUAAUGACAACGGUACCUCUUAAGCGGGACUCAUGCCAGUGUAUUACCUUAGGUCGUCUAGCUUGUUAAUAUGAUAAAUAUGUACAUACAGAUUUAUAUUGUAAAUAAUGGUUUUAAAUAUAUGGCAUUAUCAGGUUA